AUGUCGAGAAGUACGCUGAAGGCUUUGCAAAAACGUGAGCGGCAGUUAUAUGUGAUUUUUGAUGGUACUGAUAGAUUUAUCCAAACCUAUCACAUCGGUAGUGAUCGGUGCCAGUUAAGCUCAAGGUUGCAAGUGAUUGAUACGGUGUACAGUGAAUUUUUUGAAGUACGGAGCAAGAUUGAAAUGUUGCUGGACGAAGCGGCCGAGAAAGAGCAGAAAGAUGCUGACAGCGAAGUCAAAGGGGAGAUUGCAAAACAGCGCGAAGAAGAGAACGACAAAAUUCUGCAGCAGUUUGAUGACCGAUACUUUGCAAUUCGAGGUGACCUCCUUAGACUUCAAGGCGAUAAGGAUGCCUUAGGGGUAAAUACAACCAGCAACAGCCAAGGUCAGUCUGCAUCAGGGAAUACGUCCAGAGUGAAGCUGCCCGAGAUUCGUUUGCCGUCCUUUAGCGGAAAAAUCAGAGAAUGGGUUACGUUUAGAGACUCUUUCCGUAGUCUCAUUCACGACAACGAGCAUCUGACAAAAAUGGACAAAUUUACGUACCUUCGUUCCUCUCUGCAAGGUGAUGCAUUGAAGGAAAUAAACCACAUCGAGCUGUCAGAGGCAAACUACGACGUCGCCUGGAAAAUGUUGGAAGUCCGCUACGAAAACAAAAAGCUCAUUGUCAAGGCUCAUCUCGACGCUCUUUUUGCCCUCGAAUCGCUUAAAAAAGAGAACUACGACGGUUUGAACUUCCUUGUCAGCGAAUUUGAAAAGAAUUUGAUGAUGUUGCAGAAAAUCGGUGAGCAUACGGAGUCUUGGAGUACAAUACUAGUCUACAUGUUGUGCGCUAGACUAGAUUCUGCAACAUUGCGCCAAUGGGAGACGCAUUACGGGUCUAAGGAGGUCCCAACGUACGAAGAGCUGCUACUGUUCUUGCAAGGUCACUGCUCAGUUCUCCAAUCAAUCACCUCUGCAAGAAGUCCACCAUCCGAAGCACGUCAGACAAGAUCAACAGUUUGCCAUACAACCAUCCGAUCGGAUUCACGAUGCCCGUUCUGUACCGAAGCAUGGCACUCACCGUUUCACUGUCAGAGAUUCCUUCGAUUGAAGAUAUCAGAACGUGUUGAAGCCGCCAAUCGAAGUCGAGUCUGUCGAAAUUGUCUACAGCCUGGACAUUUUGCGACGAACUGCACUCGUAGCAGUUGCCGAUUAUGUCAGCAAAGGCAUCACACAAUGUUGCAUGCUACGCGAUCCUCCGUUCCGAAUCCGUCGAAUCCGAGACUCAGUCAACAGUCAAUAGCACAACCCUCUAAUCAAGAAAGCACCCAUAUUUAUCCACAGCAAGCCCAUCAACAGCAAAGUCACACCAUGCCAAUAGUUACGGAAACACACACUCAAACACAAAAUGGAACACACAAUUCACCAAUUGCAACCACACAAUUCGAUUCGCCAACGCCAAGCACAAGCCAUAACUACGUCGCACUACCUGUUAAGUCUGCUUCGAAUAUUUUGCUUCCUACCGCUCUUGUGAAGAUUAAGGACCGUAACGGUAACGCUCAGAUUGCCAGAGCCUUGUUAGAUUCUUGUUCGCAGCACUGCCUAAUGUCCCAAGAGUUUUCGAACAAGCUGAAGUUGAAAGAAGCACCUACAUAUUUGUCAGUUCAGGGUAUUGGGUCAUCUCAGUCAGUUUCGACGAAGUCCAUACAUGCAGAAGUCUGUCCACGUUCGCCAAAAAUAUCUUAUUUCCAAGAAACUAUGCAGUUCUUUGUAUUGCCAAAACUUAAGCUACAAAUACCCACAACAUCGUUUGAUCCUUCGCCCAUGUCGAUUCCCGAUUCCACUUUGUUAGCUGAUCCUUGCUUCUAUGACUCAAAGCGGAUCGAUGUAGUCAUUGGUGCCGAAUACUAUUUGGACUUGUUGAAGAAGGACCGAAGAAAGGUCACCAAGAAGGGUCCCACGCUUCAAAACUCAGUUUUUGGUACCAUGGGGCGAAGAGGUCUCCACAAUCCACAUAGAGGUCCUCAGAUCACCAUCCAGGUCGCCAGCUCCACACCACUUAAGCCAUACGACAUGGGAAAAUCUGCCGCCGACAAGAACCAGCAAUCGACUAAAUCCAUCACAGUCAUCUGCUGGCUAGCUCCUGCCCAAGCGCGACGACGCAGGAAGAUGCUAAGUACCACCGACGAUGGUUUCAAAUCAUUAGAAGAGCAGCCAAUUCAAUCGGUUGUUGUGAAUGCCUCAAACCAUCUGAGCAACGGGAACAAUCUUGGUAGUCUUUGUGGUCCUCCACACGCCACUUGA